GAGCAACAAGUUUGGGAACUUUGUUUGAACAAGCCUCCGCUCUUUUUUUCUUUUACUUCUCUCGGUGUGGGGCACAGCUGCCAGCAGCGGGCUGAGAUCUGCACUUUCCAGGAGCAGCGACAGCGCCAUGAAUCCGUUCAGCUUUCUGAGAGCCAUCAUCACCAGAGCUUUGUUCAUCCUGCUUUCACUGGUCGCCGUCUGGAGGGUGAUAUGGGUCAAACAACAUCCGUACUACUGGCUGCUGACUUUGCUCUUUCUGCCACUUGUUGUUGAAAUGAUAAUAACACUGAGGAAGCGAAAAGGACUCGAUUACAAAUGGUUUUCUCCCACAAUUUUUCUGUUUCUCAUCAGUAUCAUUCCCUCCAUCUGGAUCCUGGAGCUCCACCACCAGCAGAACAGAGAGCAGGACGGCAAGUGCAAUUAUGAGUCUUUCGAACAAGUUUGGCUACCAAAGAAUGAAUCAUCAGAAAACGGCACAAUAGGCAAUAGCUUGAAGAGACUUCGUGACGUGGUGUUAAAUUUCUGCCAGGACAGCUGGAUUCUUGCGCUUCAUCAGAUUCUGCUCAUCCUUCUCAUCAUAGGGAAGUGGCUUCUUCCUUUAGGAGGCGGGAUCACAAGAGAUCAGCUGUCUCAGCUUCUGCUCAUUUUUGUCGGCACGGCGGCUGACAUUCUCGAGUUUAACAGUGAGACGCUGGGCGAUGUAAAAGAGAACAGUCGUGUGCUGGUUCACGUCAUUUUAGGUGUCUGGACUUGGAGCAUGCUGCAGUUCCCCUGUCAUCUGAGUGUGGUGGGGCCCAUGAGCGGCGAGGCAGCCGAUGAGAGCGUCCAGGGAGACUCCCUCUGGUCCAAUCGCAGCACCGACCUGUGGAGCAUUGUGGAGAAGCUGUUUAUCCACGACGGCCCCUUCCUGGUAGUCCGGCUUAUUGUCAUGAUACAUUUUGGUACUUUUCACCAGAUGCUUGUUUUCUUUGCCUUUAAAAACUUCCUGGUUGUCAUCCUGAAUGUGUACAGGCUGUACAUUUUAUACCAUGACUUUAAGUCGUCCGUGCACAGCCCCGUGGGGGACAGCGCAGACUGAAGAGUCUGAUGAGUCAUUGCUGAGACGGGGUAGAGACAAGGAAAAUAUCAGAUGUUAGACCCAAGAUGAGGGAAAGAUACAAGACGGGUAAAACAUUUCAUGUGAAGCAGGAAAAGAAGUAAAUGUAUGUUUCAAUGUUUCCAGUUUAUACUUUAUUUAAGGCUUAAUUUCAUCCUGAUCCAAAAGAACAACGAGUUCAGAACAGAAACUCUGACCUCAUUCAUUUUGUAAUCAAAAGACAUUGUUGUUUGGAUGACUGAUAAUUGGUCGUAGCAUUUCUUCUGGGCAAUGAAUCAUAGACCUUUGGAGAGUUUAUUUAUUUCCCUUUAAGUGGUGCCACAUUUAUCAGAAAAAAAAAUUCUUGGGUCAAGCAUCCGAGUCUACCCAUUAAAAACUGCCAGUGUCCAAAAGCUUAUUCUGCUCUUGACUGGUGUUUGUUGUUUAUUAUUGGACUAGAUGACAAAAAUACAAGGAAUAUUUGCAAUUCAACAAUGCAAUUUUUUUACACUGAAGAAUUGCACACAACCAGAACAAUGGAUGCCAUUCUGUUCUUUAACUAAUUUAGUUUGGGAUAUCAUUAAAUGCUCUCCAUUCCCAAACAUGUGAGGUAGUGUCAUGUCACCUGGGCCAAACUUUAAACUGGACUUACUGUGGCAGUAGCCCAGGGCCCCAUUUUGGGGGGCGGUGGGAGGCCUCAAUUUCUUUUUUUAUAUAUGUUUUGAUGAAUGCAUGUUUUGCAGAUAUUGUACUUAAAACAUCAUGAAAUUAUAGCAAUUUAUAAUAUGGAGCUACUGGCCACGGACCUUUUAAACCUAUUGGUUUGUGUGAUCAGUUCAUAGUGUUGACAUGUUGCUAUGUGACGUCACGGGUUCAAGAUCCCGCACCCCAGGCAGCUCCCUACCAGAGGGCAAGGUACUGCACCUGGGUGAAGUUGACCCCCCCCCCCCCA